CUCCCUGGCGCUAGCUGGGACGAAACGCCAGCUUGUAACACGAUUUUGUCGAUCGAAACCUCGCAGAGGGAAAGAAAGAAAAAAACAGACUGGAAGGAAACAAAACCACAAUGGAACGAAACGUCGAGGACGACCUAAAUCGCGAAUUCGGGAACGAUGUGAAAAACCUGCGCAAGGCGAAGAAUUAUCACGCUUCGCUGAUGGUUAGAAAGCAAGAGAUCGAGCAGAGACUCAAGGCGUCGAAAGGCGGUAGCGAUCCGGAGCAGUUGAAGGGACUUCUCGGCUUCGCGCGAGAGUCCCUGGAGAAGAUGCAGAUACUCGAAGGCGUUCACGGCAAGAUCUUGAACGACGUGUCGGCGCACCUGGACAAUGCCAGCCUGGUCAAGAAGGAGUUCGAAAGCUCCCUCACCGACAUCCAGAAGCUGCUGCGGUUAAAACAGUACCUGCAGUGGAUAGCCAAGAUCGAGGAAACCAGCGAGUCGAUCGAGGAAGGGAUGAGUCAGGGCCAAGACGAACAAGCCGUGUCGCACCUCUCCUUCCUGCUGCAAGUGUGGCAAAGAGUGCGUGGUUCGGCCUGCGUGCACCUUGUCGACUUUCUACGAGAAACCAUCCUCUACUGGCACCAAAUUCUCAGGGAUAAGUUUGAAAAGGAGUUCAACAAGGUUCUGCAUUCCAUGGGCUGGCCCAUCCUCAACACGGGGGUCAGCGCGCCUGUUUCCUACACGCCGGAGCUGUUGCUUCCAUUCGAGAAGUGCUUCAUCAACCUGCACAAAAUCCAGCUGCCAGAAGGCCUGGAGGGUUCACAGUUGGAUGUCGGAUCGACCACGUCGGUGCUACCCUUGGAACUGAUGCUGCGACCACUGAAGAAGCGUUUCCUCUUCCACUUUACUGGGAAACGCCAGACCAACAGACUUGACAAGCCGGAGUGGUACCUGAGCCAAAUACUGACCUGGGCUGCUGACCAUGGAGAGUUCUGCGAUCGCUUUGUCCAGGCAAUUCUCGUCAAAGCAGGUGUCGAAGGCAUGCAGGCAAGGCUUGAGCUGAUGCGUGGACUGGUCCAGAUCGGCAUUCACAAGUUGCAGAUGGACUUGCCGUCGCUGCUUGCCGACGACCAGCUGCUGACGCAUGCCAUCGAGGAGGUGCUGCUGUUCGACCGGGAGCUGCGGAGUCAGGGCUACCCGCCCUUCUACCCGUGCAUACUCAACGUGCUCACCGCCGACCACUGCUUCAUCCGGUGGAUUGCUCUGGAGAAGAAGUGCGCCGAUGAGAAACGCGACGUCCUCUUGUCGUCUCCGACGGCGUGGAAGCCACAGUUCGCAAUGGAAGGUGACGUCGACGACUUCAAAGUUCCGGAGUGUGCUGAAGCAUUCAUGAUGAUCCUGUCUGCUAUGACAGAACGUUAUCGCCACCUCGAGCAGCCCUAUCACCGGCUCAAGUUUGUGAGCCUGCAGCAGAUCCUCCUGGAAGACUGGAGGCUGUGCCUGCAGCAGAUCCUAACAGCACGGCUGGAAGAGCUGAACCUGGUCGCCAUCUGCCCAAUCGUGAACGCCGCCCACUACGUGGUCCAAGUGCUGGCCCAGUGGAGCAUACAGCCAUUUUUCGUCGAACUCCUGGAAGCCUGCAACGAGAUGCAACAGAAGGAGAAGCAGAAGAGGCAAAGUACAAAACAGGCCAAUUCGGAAAUGGUUGACCCCGAGGAGGCGCUGUUUCUGGCUGCCUCGGAGACACCGUCAGACGAGAGCAGCCAGCUUGUGCCUAUGGCCGAGUACGGCACCCUACAGGAGUCGGUGUUCGAGGAAGUGUCGCAGCUCCUCGAGAAGCUGUACACGGACACCGUGCUUGCCAUCGUUGAUGAGCUGGUGCUUGACUUCAAGGCCAAGAGCAAGGCCUACCGGCGGGAGAAGUGGUUCUGCAUGCCGUCGCUGAACGACAGGGAAGACGCAGGCCUCACGCCGACUGCCUUCCCCAUGCUCAGCUGGCUGCAGUCCAGUCUUCAACAGCUUCAGGAGGCCCUCGCUGCACCACUCUUCAACACUCUCUGGCAAGAAGCAGCGCGUGGCAUCAGCGUGUUCUUGUAUGAGGAGCUGAUCCUGGAAAACUUCUUCAGUGAAGGGGGUGCCAUGCAGCUCAGUUUCGACAUGAACCGAAACCUGUUCCCCCUGUUCAGCACCUACUCCCAGAAGCCGGAGAACCACUUCAAGGAGGUGAAAGAGGCGUGCAUCCUGCUGACCAUGCCACACCCCGUGGCCUGGAUCCUACAAGAAACGCUCCGUGCGGCGCGGGCCACUGAUGUAGUGACGGGCGGCACGGCGCUUGAGGAGCAGGGUGUCUCGUUCCUGACCCCGUCCCAGGCCAUGCACGUGCUCUCUAAACGCAACGACCUCGUGCACACCUGAGUGAUCAUUCCAAGCUGGUUGGCAUCAUCAAGCCAGCUGCAAAGCUGGUCACCAAGCCACGCUUGUCACACCCCUCCACAUGCUCAGGUCCUUUCCCCGGCCUUCGUGCAAAGCUUUCAAGGCAUGGCCGCGUCGCACACCGCGUGUUGUCCCAACCGCGACGAGUUCGUGUGUGCCGACGUUUGUGGUGCAGGCUUGGCAAAGGCGGCUUGUCAACGAGAUUGCUUGGGUGCGGACGAUGUAGAAAGCCGAAGAAGGCCCAAAAUCUCGUGUGCUGCUUCGCGAAGUGCUUCUGCACGAUCCUGUUGCAUCGUGACCCUCACCGUUGUAAAUGUGCCAAUCUCUACUAUGCGCUGCAUGGGCAGGAGAAAACUAAAUUUGUGAGAGUCAGCAUGUGAAUGUCGACGGCCUUUGAGCUGAAAGGUUGGAAAGCCUGCGAGAGGUUUAUUGAGCAAGGUGGUAUCUCCGGCAGUGUGUUUGCGAGGCAGAGGAGCGUGAAGCUGCGCGGACAAGUUGAACCGCCAGUCUUGGGAGGAUUACAGGAGGAAGCAAAUUUCUUUGCCAGCCGUGUAUUGGCAGAUACGACACUGUUUGUUAGGGGCCAUCCGGACAAAGUUGAGAGACAGCAGUCUGAAAAGCACACGCUGCGUAUUACAGUUUCAGCUAAGCUUUUCAUGUUGCCUACCUAUCGAAACUGGAAAUGGCAGCUAUGCUAAGACUGCCAUAAUAACAAAGGCAUUCAGCUUGUCUGCAUCCAUCUGUAUCUGCUCUGGUGUAUUCCCCAAUCAAGUCACUUACAGCACUUGCACAUGGCGUGGUCCUCUGACACAUUUUGAGAGACCAAAUUGUGGAGCGUGGACUUGCAGGCAUUUCAAAGCAUAUAAUACACCAUUGCAAUGUAACCUGUGCUCCGGACGCUUUCUUUUUUUAAGCUCCGGCACCUGAAGGCAAGAGAUUUCACGCUUGGCAUCUCGCUGUAUGUAUUAUGAAGGAAAGAAAGAGAGAAUGACCACAACUUGGGAAAGGAAAUAAUUUCAUUUCACAAGCUCUUGUUGCUGUGCGUUGCUGACAGCCGAAGAGAGUUGAGCUUGGUUAAGGAAACUCGGUGGGGUGUUCCGACAUGUUGCCAUUCCCCAUAUCACAGCAGCUGCACGUGCUAAUUCCUCAGACAUUUCAGCCAUUGUACAGAUUAGUUGGAAAGAAGGCUUGUCGAUAGCUCCAACGAAACGCAAGCCGAUGCCAAGACUAUAGAUUGGAUCCCAGUCGAUGCCUCGUUGGUGCAAGUCAGAACCUGUGAGCGAAUAAAGCUGCAAACUAGCGUUUAAUUUUUUCUUGUAACGUUGCACAAAUUGGAAGGACGUAAACUCUUUUUAAGAUGAACUUCUUGAUAAGUUUUGUUUCUUUGAUAAGCUGAUAAGAUCAUUGAUUGAUAAACCGAGCAGUUUGUGAACGUCUCUUUAGUUGCCCUUAGUUGGGACUGAGUAUUUUUCAGGGCCAUUGCAGGCAGCCUAUCAGUCAGAAAAAGCAAUUUCGAGAAGAAAAAAAUUGGUUUCAUGACUGCAGUAUGCUCUGCAUUGCUGCAAAACUGCACCUUCAGCCUAAAUUAACAAAUAAUCUGCAUUCUUACAUUGUUGUAAAAUUUCCUAAGCUCUGGCACAUUUUAUGUGCAAAAGUGUGGUGUAGUGGUAAGUACGCCAUGUUGAAGAGGGAGCUUGUAUUCAGAUCCAACUGUGAGUGGGUGGCAUGCGAUUGAUUGACUGUACGACCAAGAAAUUGAAUGAACAGGAUUUGUCUAGCACACGUGGCUGUCUUGAUUUACAAAGUCUGGUGUUGUCGACAAGCUUCCUGGAGUUAGAACCCGAAGUUGGACGAGCUGGUUGUUCAUGCCGAGGCAGGAAAACAGCACUAGAGGCGAAAUGAAUGACAAAUCAUGUGGACGCCAUUUUAUUUCUUCUCGCUAUUUGCGCCGUCUCUAGCACUGUUUUUCUGUCUUGAGGCUUACAGAGCACUGAAGUGUUCCGUUUGUUCUUCAAAACAUCUUGGGUGCUAUCUUGAUCACAGUUAACAUGAACGCAGGAGCUUUGAGCAAUAUCUGUGCCAUUCUAACGGCCCUGUGCAAGGUCCCAGCACUUGUGCGAUGAGGACAUCCUGCUAUCGCGCACACGACCUUGUUGAAAUGCUCGUUUGUCAUCUGCUAGGCUUGCUUUCUGAUGCAGAUAGAGAAUAUUGAAACUUACGAGGUAUGACCGACUGCAAGAGUUAAAAAUAAGUAUACAAGAAGUUGCGUAAACAUGUCUACAGAAAUUCUUAGACUUCGCACGGAGAGCGGUUUGUGCAGUUUAUGACCACCACAGAUGAUGCGUCAAAGCGCUGACAACGCAGUUCACACGAUAAUUACAGUUUUAUGCUUCGUGCCCAGUGCAACAUUUUUGGGGCCUGGUCAAUAGAGUGUGCUAUUAAUACAGAAAGCCAGACGUUGCCAUGUUCCUGCUAACCGUGAUGAAGAUGGUACAUUGCGCCUGUAUGCAUUCCAAUCCACUACACAGCCACCACUGCUGGAUGUACAAUACUGCACUUGUUUUCUUCCUGUUUUCAAUCGCGCAAAUCAUGUUUCAUCUAGUCAGUCUUGUUUGAGUGUCUCAUUAGUGUGUGCAGCAUGUUUAUGACUCAAUUUUUUUUUUCCUCUUUGCAUCUCACAUUUGACUGUGUCGUGAGGAUGUGUGGUCAUUCAGUAAGCUGAACUGGGUAGUAGGAACUCUUAUUAUAAAAGGUACCCACCUAUUUCCCAUAUUUUCCUCUAGUCCAGUCUGUGUUGAAGUACAGUCAUGACUUUGAUGUGAUGUAUUUUACGAGUACUUUGGCUCCGUCGCAACCCACUUCUACUAUAGUGCUACGACAUUCACCUACCACUCUGUAGAAAAGAAGUCUGGCGUUUUCCAGCAUUGGUGCUUCUUAUGGUCGGUCACCGUGCAGUCCUGAUUUCUCGUUUAGCUUUAUUAGCUUUCUUAUUCUUUUUUCAACAUUCACAAGUGUCUAAAUUGUUCUAAUCCAAGACCUUUCAAGCUGUACCAUGUCUUGUCCUCAGGACUGCACAAGUUGAAUAAUAUUUCACUGCAAGGAAGUUAACUGUUCUUACAGAAUUUUAAAUUUCUGGGUUUUCCAUCACAAGUUGAGUUGUCGCAUAAAGCUCAGUUUCAUCUGUGAAGCUUUUUCCACUAACCACGGUGAUUCUGGCUAAGGCAUUCUGAUGUCAAGCAUGCCAAGGUUGCAGCUUCACUUCCUGACUUCAGCAGCCAUGUUCAGACAAAGGCAGAAUGCAAAAGCCCUCAUGUACAGAGCGCUAUAGUGUUAAAUGGCAGACGAGUACAGAGCACACGCGAUUUUGGCCCUCUGGCAUUUGUACAAUCUCCGGCAGCCAGAGCGCCAGCAAAUUGAGAGCUGCCCUUUAAUAGCAGACCGCACUGCAGUUCUGUUUAGCUGAAUGUUUAAAAACCUGAAGCAUUCGAAGUUUACCCAAGUCCUCUGUCCCACCUUCAAUGGAUUUCACAGCCCAGUUGUUGCUGAUUAAUUAAGCUUAGAAUCCCAUGAUUAGGCUUACCAUGCCAGAAUAGCACAGGAGUUAAUGAGCACACGCUUGCGCAUGCUCGAUGUGCUAGUGUUUUUGCACUCUACCCCUCGGCAACAUGGCCACCGUGGCCGGUUAUCAAACCAACGACCUUGAACUCGGCAGCAAAACACCGUAACCACUUAGUCGCAGUGGCAAACACCAAGGUUUGCCUUGGGACUAAAAACCGCAUCUGCAAAUGACAUUUCUUCCAAUGUUUUAUUGUAGUUUUGCUGCAAAACUUCGAAUAUGCUGGUGCCGGAACCAUAAGCACAUACCCGAAAGCCAUAUUUGGCACCAAAAGGAUGGACACAAUAAUAAAAACAUCAAUGACAAUGUUUCUGUGUGUGUGGGGGGUGUUUCAGCAACAUCUAAAGCCAAGCUAGCUUUGAUAUGAUAAACGCAUACAUAACAACAAAUUAUCAGAUAUAGUAAACAUAAAGUGUCUCCUGUGGAUAUCUGCAUGUAGCGAACAUAUGCUUAGAACAUAUAUCAGAUAUCGCGAAAAUAUUUUGGUAUUGGAUAAAACUUUGUUAUCGCAAGGUUAACUUAUGUCUUUGAGCAAAUACCAGCUAAGCCAAAAAGCAUUUCUGAAGCACAUACAAUGCUGGAAGCGCGUGUCUUCUACAACUCCCUUUUGCUCCUCACAUAUCAAAGUGAUUGUCUGUGGCGGAUGUCGGAGUUUAUAGUUUUUCAUUGCUUACUUACCGAAGGUGCAUUUACCAGUGCGAAAGAGGAUGAGCGAUUGAGGGCCGUGAUUUACGACAACGGCCGAUGGCCAAGCUGCCGCUGCUUGCUGCAUUUCAUUUUCCCGCCAUUUGCCAACGCUGCGGGCGCGCGAGACCAUUUCCGCAAAGUGUUGCCUGCCGCAGAAGAAGGUCUCGUCACAGAUGUGUGUGUGUUGUUGUUUGGUCGAGUCUUGUUGCACUCUUCCGUAUAGUUGAGAGGCUGUAAUUAGUGCUAAAGCAUGUUGUUGAGUGUUGUUCCGCUGCAGCAUUGCUUAGUUUUGUUGAUGUAGCUGCGCUUUAUGUGGCUCCUUGUUCUCGGCCAGCUGUAUUCACUUUUGCAGAGACCUGCUUUUGAGCAGUUAAGUGUGAAAUGUUCUUGUUUAGUAUUUGUUUUUCUGUUGCACCUAAGACGUCUGUGGAUGAAGAAACUGACUGAACGCGAAGUUCCCAAGCUGUGUCCUUAUUCCCCACUAAUUAUCUUAUUUCCCUAAUAAGGUUCCUAUACUCUAUUUCAUACAUAGCAGGGAACGCUGCAAAGGCUAAAGACGACGCUUCUCUCACUGUUGACAUUUGCGAUCGAAAAAUAGUGCAUCAUGUGUAAAAGAAAAAGGCACAGCUAUGCGUGAUGCAAUCAACGUAAAAUUAAGUGUCAUACUUUUAUGUCGCAACAUGUGAUGCAAUUAUUACGGGAAAGAUAUUGCAGACCUGACUCUAUUAACCACCGAAUGAAUGAAGUGGCAUGUUUAUGCCACCGGCAGCCACGGCGCACCACUCAUGCUGGUGACUAAAACAUAGUGCAUUGCAUACGAGCUGCAUAACGAUGCAAAAGUACUACUACAGUUGAAUUUCAUUAUAACUAAGUUGCAUUGACACAAAAAAUAUCUUCGGUAUAUGCAAUAUUCGUUAUAAGCAGAUAUCUGUUACACUGUAAUUGCACUGAGACAAUUUUUAGUUAUAGCAUUAUAUCCAAAAAUUUGUCAUACCAGUGUUCCUUGUAUCGAGGUUUGACUCGUGUGAUUUGACGAAAACUCAAAAUUAGCAGGUUGUAGGUCUAACACAUGGAGUACCACUUGUUUGGUAGAAAGCAUCGCAGAUCAAAUACAACUGCUGCGAAAUGCGCAGAGACUUGAUUGACGACACUCUUUGCAUAACCUAUACAGCGUUGCCUACUAAGUAUUAAUAGUAGUAUAAUAAGAAUUUCCAUAGGAAAGGUCUGUCAUUUUGGGGAGCACAGAGUAAAGCGUGAAGGUUACACUUUACAAAUGACAGGGAAUAUUUGCCACUCCAUACAGUAGUGUGCAGUGUAGUACACUGUUAAAUGGGACACUUGAGCACAGAGCACGUGUGAAUUUUCUCUCUGGCGAGUGUCAAUUGCUCAGUUUUGCAGCAGACUACUUGUGGUUGAUGUCACUGACACCUUUCUACAUAGUUGUGUGGUGAAUUAACACAGCUUCAGGUGGCAAUUUCAGCCAGUGCACCAACAAUGUAAGAUCAGCACAUUCGAGUGUUCCCCUUAACAGUGGACCGAACUGUACCCUCAACUUUGGUUAAGCUAUUUUUUUUUAAACUAAAGAUGUCAUUGAAUGCUACGACUGUUCAAAUCAUCAAAGUCAUUAUUGAAACUGAAAACUCAGCAUUACCUGAGAGGAGUGGAUCAGGAAGCAGCUGGGCAAUUAAUUUGCCAUGAUGAUCUGUUAUUGAACACAACAAAAUUCAAUAGACAGUGAUAUCUUCUAGGCGUAAUUGCAACAGCACACGUUAUUGAGGUUAUACGUCUGCCUAUUUCGAAAGUCCAGUUACCAGUUUUAUUAUACACGUUUUUUAACCCCUUAAGUGUUUGGACGAGUUCAGCUUGUCAACGUGGUCCUAGUUAACUUGGUUGUGGAUGAGCUCAGCUCGUUAAUGGCAGUAAACCUGUUUUCAAAUCGAUUUGGAUGAACUCGGCACGUCCCCCUAGUUUUUCUUCUUACUACAUGGACGGCUGCAGUGCCAGAGUUUAAAAUCUGCUGUUAUUUUGCUCCUUUUUUGUUUUACUGUAUAGAUGUCGGCACUUCUCCAGUGCCUCGAAGGCCAUGUUGAUUCAGUCUUCAUGUUCUACAACAUUGAUGGUAGCCAUUUGGUCAGCGCUGGAGGCGUUUAUUGCGGUCCUUGUUUUCUACUACAUAAAGGCCGCACUUCUUAGGCAUUCAAAGACCACAUUUUUGGUAUUGAGCGCUUUUUGCAUCUUUUGGCAGACUUGUAACGCUGGCAUCUGUACCGUUUGUGGCGAUGACAAAUGCAUAUAUGUUGUAUAAUGAAGAGGUAAAGUGAGGUUAUCUCAUUUAAAGCAUUAAGCAAAUUGGUUGGGAAACCUUUAGAAGCAUUUUUGAUGAAUUGAAGUUUGAAAAUAAGCCUUAAAAAGAAAAAAACAUGCUAAAUGAGGUCACUUUUGGUCAAAAUAAUAAAACACUUAAAGGAUUAAAAGAAAGUUGAGAGACUAAUCACACAAUGUUGUCGUCGACCUAACACAUUCUGUUCACAGGUGCUUUUAUAAGGAAAGUUUGUCAGACUAGAUGCACAUCACCAUUGACUUGACUUCAGUUUGUAAAUUGAAUACCCAGCCUUCAAGAUCAAGAAGGGGGACAGGCAGGCCCUAGCUUGACAAAACACUUUGCGCCACUUGUCAUAAGGUAAACUGACUGUGGGAGAUUACAGCAGAAGCUGAAAGAAAGAUCUGAGUAACAUCACAAGAUGGCACAGUUCUAAAAUGUUUUUUUCUUUUCAGUGCGGUCCACAGCACAGUAGAGUUCUUGAUAAUCAGUCCCCAAACUCAAAGUUUGUGUCAAGAUUCUCAUGCCGACAGUUCAUCAUGCGAAGGCACUUUACACUUGCUGCUGCUUCUACUCUUGCGAGCUUCUGCCAUAGCUCUUAAACUUAUCUUGUGAUGUCCUCGACGUUGUGCAUGUUCAACAGGAGGAAAAUCAAGCAUGCCAGCCGAUUUCAGCACUUUAUGCACUCAUUGAACGCAUUUUGAUCUUUUACUAUAUCUCAAGCCAUCUUUUGCAACCACGCACAAAGAUGCAGUGAUAUUAUGGUCUUUCCCCCCGACUCGGUGAUAACUAUAUCUAUCCCUUUUUCCAGCAUGCAUAAAGGAAAAAGGCUGGUGUUUGCAUGAACCAGUGUUUAGGUUGCCACUCACUGGUGAGAACAAGGUAUUACUCCAGAAUUCUGAUCAAGCACCCAAUUAAGAUAAUUGAAGGAAUGUUGUGAAGGGAUCAUACACAAAUUCAGAAUCGUGGGAGGAAAAUUUUUCCAGACCUUCAGAAAUGGUUGGACUGGGUCACUUUUAAAAAUAGUGAUGCUUGUUCAGAAUUUUACAGUAAUGCCCCUGUCACGCAGGCUAUCUCAAAUCUGUGGAACCAAAAGUUUUCAUAUUGUUAAGGAAGAAUGUCUGCUGUUGCGUCAAAGGGGGCAUGGAUCAGAGGCAUAUUGAGCGGAGAACAGCUUUGUUCAUGCAUUGAGACUUCAAUUGUGCAUGCUUGAUCCUAGCUGACUGCGGGUUGAAUUUUCUGUCAGUUGUUAGUAGUUUACCAGUUAAGGAAAACAUGCAUCAGUAAAUUCUGAGAAUCAUGUCGAAGGUGGCGUUUUAAGCGCUGGGCUGCAAGAGGUAAAUGUAGCCAGGAUCUCAACAGGUACUCUAUUUGGGUUGGUUGCUGUUUUCGGUACAAAACGCAUUUGAAUACCUGACUCUGGAAUUAGUUAUUUAAAAAGGAUCUCAGAAAGGCGACCUCUUAAAGGGACAGUAAAAGGCAGCAAUAUGGUAGCUCAGUCUGGUAAUGUUUUGUUUCAGCGUUAAUUUGGCAAAGCGGUUAAGUUCAUCGUAGAUAAAGGGCAAAGUAUCUCUUGUUGAAUACACCACAUUGCCAGUAUUUGCAUUGCAUCACGGAUUUCAAAGUAUUUUUGAGCAUUUGGGAAAUAUUUGUUUCAAAGAAGUUCUUGAAGUGCACUGAAUUGGAGUCUCCAGUUCUGUUAUAAUGUAGCACAGUCCUUGUUCGUAGAUAAAUUAUUAGCAGAUUCUGGCCAAAUCUUGCGGUCCCGUUAGAAUUCAAUGUAAUCCUUAGUCGCUAAUAACGUUUUAUCUAGCCCCGAGCAGAUGCUGGUCAAAUCUAUCGCCACGAGAAGCUACCAUGAGAACUUAAAGCCAGUCUUUUGUUAUCACUUAGUUUCCGACUUGCCAAAACUUUGCUCGCAAUAAGACUGACACUUCCAAUGUCGCACAAGUGUGAUUUAUUAACCUUGAUUAACCAAACAUUUUUCCUCAGCAUCCCUUUUAGAGAGAACGGAGCUCAGACAGAAUUCUUUCAAACUAAGGACUUCAUACUCUUUUACUUCAUGCAAGUUUUGGUAUGCCUGCGGGACAGGGGCUGGCUUUCGGACUAAGCAUACCAGCUUCUGCGUUUCCUCAACACUGAUGCCAACCACAAAAUGCUACCCACCAACACAGCCAGUGUUCUAAGCUUUUCAAGCAGCAAGGAAUGGACAUAACUUUCUUGGAUGUUUUUGUACCCUUGGGUGCUAUAUAUACGAAGAGAAAAAAAAAAAGUUGUGAUAAUCCCCCCGCCCAGCCAAGAAAUGUUCUGCCACAGUUUUUUGUCAUAUCACCUCGUACAAACGGAUUUCUCUUCCCUGCGAGUCUUUUUUUUUUUUUUUCAUUUGUGUGCAUUGUUGAGAGAGUGUUUGACUCUGAAUUGACCAAACUGUUUUGACCGCUGUUGACUGACACCAUAUCCCAGCUUAUUGUGUACAUAUUCAGUGAAAAAUAAAAAAAGAUGUGUUAAAAAAGGUUA